UCUUUGUGUUUGUUAGGUUAUAUUCUUUGUGACCAAAACGCCCUUGAUUUCAUAUUUUAUUAGAAUAAAUGCAGAUUUAAAAAAACAUUUGUUAAAUAAAAAUAUAGAUAUAUUAUCUGUAAUAAUAAAUAUUAAAUAAAAAUGUACGCUUCCAUACAUGUAUUCAGUACAUAUUAGCUGAUAUUACUAUAUAAUGCAUGCAUACAAGUCAUUGAAAAUGGCUGCGCUACAGGGUAGAAAUCUGUCAAAAGUACUAUUUAUGAAAAAUACACCACUUAUUAGCUUUAUUAGAAAGUAUGAAAAAUUGAUUAAAUCGAAUGACUACGAGAUUUCAGUAAGCAAAUUAGAUCCUUUUUCAAAGAAAUAUUUACCAGGCCCCUAUCCAAAAACGGAAGAGGAAUGGAUUGCUGCUGCAGAAAAGUAUAAUAUGCAUAUUGAUGAAUAUAAAGCUUAUGCUCCAGAUAAAGAUAGUCUUGUAGACUAUCCAAACAUACCGAUGAUAAGCGCAGAAGCUAAAGAUCCUUAUUAUCCUUGGGAUCAUCCUGGACCAAGAAUAUGUUAUGGAGAAACUUUACCUAAGCGUUUCGAUUUGCUGCAAGGAGAUCGGUGUAACUAUGGUGUUAGACAACCCAUCAGUGAACUGAAGGGUGCUGCUAUUUAUAUUGGCUUCGUAAUAGCUUACUUUGUGAUCGAUCACUUUUCAAUUAGAUGCAGUCAACCUAGAAUAGCAAAACAAUAUCCAGGUAAAGGAGUGCAUUAUACUUUUGAACUAAAAUAAUUUUAUGAAUAUAGUACCAUAUAUAUAUAGAAUACUACAUGUAUACUUAUAUAUAUGUAACAAAAUGUAUACAUUAAUUCUUUCUAAUAAAUUAUAUUAUUAUAGCUCAU